AACUGAGAGAAGCGAACGAAAACAGUUUAAGCUUCCUGUACAUUACUGGUAAUCCUGGAAGUGGCAAAUCUCAGCUGGCUGGUCUGGUCGCUAAGAAGUUUUACGACAAAGAAAGCGCCCCCUCGUUUGUGAUGACUUUGAAUGCCGAAAAUUCACAAACGCUAUUGGAAUCGUACGUUUUAUUGGCGCGUCAGGUCAAGUGUCCAGAGUACGACAUUACUGACACUCACAGUUCCCAAGAUACGAAGAUCGACAAAACGAUCAAGAAUCUCAAAGAUUUGAUUGCAACAAAAUUGCACCUUUAUGCAUCCUGGCUCAUGGUGGUUGACAAUGUGACAAGUGUUUCUGCCAUACACACCUUUCUACCUCAAUCAGGGAAUGAACAGUGGAAUAAAGGGCAGUUACUCAUCACAACACAGGAUACCUCGUCUAUCCCUUCUACUUGCUCAUUUAUUUCGCAUGUCUCCAUAAUGAAAGGAAUGGAGCCACUCGAUGCAAAGUGUUUUCUGGCAAAUAUCUCCAGCUUGGAGGACUCAGAAAUGGAAGAUGAAGUUGCGAAGGCGUUAGAUUACCAACCCCUUGCUCUUGCCAGCGCAGGCACUUAUGUGAAGAAGAUCCGUGAGAGUGUGGCUUCUGACUUUGGCUGGAAGGAGUAUCUAGACAAGCUAAAAAGAGGAAUGCGAGCCCUUACUGAAAAGGAACUGACAAAGACAAAUCCAAGCUACAGCACGUCCAUGACUGCGGCAACAAAGCUGGCCGUCGAGAAAGCGAUUGACAGUGGCGGUAUUAUGAAGAAUGCGUUUACUUUCCUAUCCCUCUGUGCUCACCAAGCAUUGCCUCUCGAUAUCCUCAUAAAUUAUUUAUUGAAUAUUGAUAAGCAAGUGGAGAGAGAGGAACUUGCUGUUCAGAUCCAGGGCUACUCACUGCUGUUGCUCGAAAAAAGAGAAAAUGGCGUUUUUAUCGGUGUGCACCAAGUCACUCAUGAAGUUAUUAAAUCUGUAAUUUGCGAGAGUCAUGACCAUCCUGAUUACGCCCAAGCUGUUCAUGGUGCU